AUGGCGAAGGAGUACCACCCGCAGAGCCUCCGCCGGACCAUGAUCAAGAGCACGGUGGGCACUGUGCGGCGCACUACGUACGACUUGCCCGACACGAAGAACCCCAACCAUGUCUACGGCUACGAGAUCCAACGCGACCCGGAGAACGCCGGCCAGGUCAUCAGCAAGUGGGUGCAGGCGGUGCCGUCCCCCGCAGCCAAGUCCGGACGCAGUUUCAUCGAGACCAACCGCCAGGCCAUCAUGAACGGGUAUCUGAGCGCAGGUGAGGCGCGCAAAUUUGCGAACGAGCACCCGGACAUCGUGGUGAAGCCCGCCGCGAAGUGCAAAGGCGGCUUCGUCCCCACGAACGACAUGACUUACGGCAUCAAGUCCAAGGUUUCCGAGGACAUCUGGGGCCUGGUACAAGCUCGACACACGUCGUUCAGCAACGACAACGCCGACUAUCCGGACCUGAGCACCAUGAAGACCAAAGGGAAACUACCGCAGCCUCGAGAGACGCAGUGCUCUCUGGGCAAGGACGUCCGCAACCACCCGAAGGUGGCGGAGCGGGAGCUGUUCAAGAUGUCCAAGUUCAAGGCCGUGGGCGCGACGUUGUGCACGCAACCGAACGCCAUUUCGGCCCGCAGACGCGAAGAGGAGGAAGAGCGGCGUCGAUACGCAGGCGAGGACGACUACGACUCGCUCGCCUCGGCGAGGGCCUCCUCGGCCGUGCAGAUCCGCGGCGUGGCCCCCGCCGAGCAGGCCAAGUACCUGGCCAGCGAGUUUUCGUGCGUCGUGGGCGGCAAAGCCUCCAGCCUGCCACCAAGUCGACUGAACGACGAGUUCUGCGACUGCGACGACGGCCAGGACGAGCCAGGCACCGCCGCGUGCUCGCACCUGUUGACCAGUGCCUUCCACUGCGAGAACGGCGGCUUCUUCCCCGGAAAAAUCCAUACGUCGCGGAUUCAUGACGGCAUUUGUGACUGCUGUGACGGAUCGGAUGAAGACGUUGGAGUUUGUCCGGAUACGUGUGCCGCCGCUGCUGAGAAGUUCCGGAAGGAGGCGGAGCAGCGUCUCGAGGUGGUGAAGAAGGGCUUCGAGAAGCGCCAGGCGGCCAUCAGAGGGGAAGUUGCGAGCUUCUUUGAAGGGGAGAAGGAGUUCGAGACGACCACGGAGAAAGCACUCGCGGGGCUGAAGCUGUUGAAGGAGAGAGUGACGGUGCACAAGGAUCGGGAGGAGCUGAAGGAGAGGAAGUAUCGGAUGGAGCUGGCGAGACAGAAGCAGGCGGAGGGACAUGAUCCUGCUGGUGAUCAGGGACAGGAGACGAGUAAGCAGCAGUUCUCACACGCGACAGAGAAAGAAGCGGUGGAGGCGCUGGAGUUUGAAGGCCUCGAUGCGAUUCGAGUAGCGGAGGACGAUGUCCCAGUGAAUUCGGCGGAGGAUGUCAAAGCGUCGGAGGUUUUGGAUUCGAGAAGGCAGGCUGUCAAGAGCCUUGUGGAGCUGCCGGACGGCACGAAGAUCCCGCUGGCAGAUUAUCUGCGCAUGAACCACAACAAGCAAGCCCCUACCAAGAAGUUAAGAGCUCCUCGUACGGUGGAGCAAAUGCGACGAGAAGAUUUUCUGGGACCUCUGUUCAAUGGAGGGGCGGAAGGUCGGAAGAAAAUCGGACUGUAUGCUCUGCGCACCAUUGGCAUCAUUAGCUCUCCAUUCCGUGCUCUGGUAGAAAUUGUGCUCUUCUCGCCAAGGACUUUAUGGGACGUGCUUUCAACCAAAGAGAUCGCGGGCUCAGCGAUUGCCAAAUUGCCAGACUUUCCAUCUCCGUCACGUUCGGUUUGGUUCCGUCAACUUGGUGGUGGUAGUGUUUAUGACGGCUAUAGCUCGGUGAUGUGGGGAGCUCGGAUCAUUUGGGAUGCACCGAUCUACGCCUACCAGUAUUUAUUCCCGAAACUGGAUGAAGUAGUGAAGUUGCCCGUUGCUGAGUCGCUUCGGAAGGUGCUUCGUGAAAUUGAGAGCGACAUCUCCACUCUGGAGAAAGAGCGAAACGAGAAGCGAGAGACAGCAAAAAUGGAUUAUGGCCCGGAUCGUGCGUACUUUGCGCUGAAGGACAAGUGCAUCGAGAAGCGAAUUGAGAAGUACGAGUACAAGUUCUGUCCGUUUGACGAAGUCAAGCAGGAUCGCACGAAACUUGGCAAGUGGGACGGUUGGGCGGUCGAUGAGGCCAAUGACUCGUCCUCGAACGGUGAGAAUGGCAAGGCGGGUUAUACGAAGAUGCGAUUCGCUAAGGGCCAGAGAUGCUGGAAGGGCCCAGAGAGGUCUGUCUUGGUGCACCUCGACUGUGGCGAGGACAACGAGAUUUUGAGCUUAGACGAACCGUCCACCUGUGUUUACGAGAUGACUGUCAGCACGCCGCUUGCGUGCACCGCUCAAGUGCUCGCCAAGGCCCAAAAAGACGUGGCGUUUUGGUCGCGAGAGCACUGAGAUAGAGCAGCAAUGCGCUCACAAAUAAACGCGAACUGCUUCUUGU